AUUCAUAUAUGCAUGUAUUUAAUUUCACCCAUUCUCCCUCUAACUAUAUUAAAUAUUGACUAAGAGAAUUUGCCAACUGUAUAACACCAAGCAUUUCCACACACCAUUUGCUGCCCAAUUACAACAAUGUCGACUGCAUUGUAACUGAGCAACUGCACAGAGAAGACCAUCUCCUCAACUGCUCUUUCCGCUCCAAUGGCCGCCGGUGAGGACAUCACGGAGGCGCUCCGCCUAGUUCGCGACGUCGUUCGGAUCUCCGGCUCCGGGUUCUCGGGCCUAUUCAAGAAAGACUGCUCGGACUUGGCGAGAAGGGUAUCGCUCUUAGCACAUUUGCUUGAAGAGAUUAGGGACUCGAAGAAAGCUCAAGAAAAAUGUGAAGUGGGUUCAUCUUCUCUAUCCGGUUCUUGCCUUUCCAAUCUGAUUUUAGCUUUAAAGGCUGCGAAAAGUCUCGUCGUUGCCGCUAACGAUUUUGAUAGCACGGAUUUUUCUUCUCGGCUUCAGGAUGUGGCUACAAAGAAAAUCAUGUUCCAAUUUCAAUGCGUGACAUGGAAAUUGGAGAAAGCACUAGCUAACUUUCCACACGAUGAUUUUGAUAUAACCGAGGAAGUAAAAGAGCAGGUUGAUUUAGCCACAGCACAAUUGAGACGGGCGACUGAAAAAUAUGGUGGGCCCUUAAACUCAAUUUUGUUGCACAGAGCAAUCUCUCAGCCGUUGGAUAAAGAGAUUGACCCAUUUCAGCCAAGCAAUAUUGAUGAUGAGGUGAACAGGAAACUGGAAGGUUUUGCUUUAGAUGAAGUUUGUGAAACUAAAGAAAGCCUAAUAAGGGACUCGUCUGCCUUAUCUGAGAUUUGUUGUGUCACGAAGGAUUUAGAUUGUGCAAGAAAUAAUAGCUUGUCAUGCAAAAACAGAGAGGAAAACAAGAAGCCUGAUAAUUUAGUGAUCCCUGAUGAUUUUCUUUGCCCAAUAUCACUCGAGCUUAUGAGGGAUCCAGUUAUUGUGGCCACGGGGCAGACCUAUGAGAGAUCCUACAUACAAAGAUGGAUCGACUGUGGGAACACAACAUGCCCGAAAACCCAGCAAAAACUCCACCACUUCACUCUCACCCCAAACUACGUCCUCAGAAGCCUCAUCUCUCAAUGGUGCCUCAAACACAAGCUCCUUCACCCUACUCCCCUGCACCCCCACACACACGAUUUAUUCUUCACCUUCCAAACCCUUAUCCACCAAAUCUCAACCUCAUCUCCCAAAGAACGCAGAGAAGCCUUGUCCGAAAUCCGGUCACUUUCCAAAACAAACACAGACAAUCGCAUCCUUCUUGCCGAGGCCGGAGCCAUUCCUAUUCUCGUCAGUCUAUUAACUUCCGACGACUCCUUCAUUCAAGAAAAUGCCGUCACCUGCAUUCUCAACCUCUCGAUUUACGAAAACAACAAAAUGCUCAUCAUGCAGGCAAACGCAAUACCCUCGAUCGUUCAGCUUCUUAGAUCCGGAAAAAGCACGGAGGCCCGCGAAAAUGCGGCCGCCACACUUUUCAGUUUAUCUUACGCAGACGAGAAUAAAAUAAUAAUCGGGGCCUCGGGUGCUAUAUCAGCUUUGGUCGAUUUGCUUGAGAAAGGGAGCUCGAGAGGGAAAAAAGAUGCGGCCACAGCUUUGUUUAAUUUGUGUAUUUAUCAUGGGAAUAAAGGGAGGGCUGUUCGGGCCGGGAUUAUAAACGGGCUUAUGAAGAUGCUUACGGGCUCGGGCAUGGUUGAUGAGGCUUUGGCUCUUCUUUCAGUUCUUGUGGGCCACCCGGAGGCGAAAACUGGUAUUAGGAAGGCGAAUAUGAUGCCGGUUUUGGUGGGCCUUGUGAAGACGGGCUUGCCACGCGGGAAAGAGAAUGCAGCUGCUGUUUUGUUCUGUUUGUGCAAAAGGGACUCUGCAAAUCUUGCUUGCUUGAGCGGGCUUGGAGGGAUGGUGGCUCUUAUGGAGUUAGCAGAAAAUGGUACUGAGCGGGCGAAGAGGAAGGCAUUGUCGUUGUUGGAGGACCUUCGUAGAUUUCAAAAGAGGUCUGGUUAACUGAUUUUUUAUUUUUUUUUUGGAUUUGACGGUGAAAAUUACACGAUUUUUUACAGUGUGGGGGGGAUUUGAGUUGGGGCAUGAGUUGGUAAGAAAUUUCUUGUGCCUCUUUGGAAUUUCAUUGUAUUUAUUGACUUCAAAUUCGUUCUUAAGCGUGGGACUCGAGCUUUGAUCUUGACUUAUGUUUGUUUUUGGUGUAUUUUGCGUUGGAAAAAUGAUUGUUUAACGUGAGUGAUUAAACCCCAUUAAGCAGUACAAAAAUUCUUCCAAUGGGGAGCUUUCUUCUCUCAACGGAGAGCCGUAAUUCCUUCAUCGGAAGGCCAAUAAGGAACUGCCAUUUACGCCAUAUCAAGAUUUAGAUUAAGGUCAUCGUCUUCUCUCUCUCUU